AACAAAACAUUAUUUUACCUAAUGAUUCAUAACUAUUAAGUGCAUACUAUCUAAUACUAUCUAUGUAUUGAUAAAAAACACCUAAUGUCUUGAAUACACCUGAAAUUAAAUAGCUAUAAGUUUAUAAAGAUACGUGACAAAAUGAGCGAUUCAGCUCCGAUAGUUAAAAAAAUAAUACAUACAGGUCAAAAAUAUGUUCCCAUUACUAAAGGAAGCAAGGUUUACUUCCACUUUCAAACAUGGAAACUUGGCCAAGAAAGAGUAUUAAUUGACGAUAGUAGAAAAAUAGGUAAAAAGGAGCCUAUGGUGCUGGUACUAGGUCAUAAAUUCAAACUUGAAGUAUGGGAGACUGUAGUUAAAAUGAUGGCCAUUGGAGAAGUCUCUAGUUUUGUGGUAAAAAAAGAGUUGGUAUAUGCAUAUCCCUUUGUAUCUAAAACAUUAAGAGAACUAGGUCAGAGUCAACAAAAGGUGAAACAUACAUGUACCAUGACACUGCACACUGAAGGCAUAGGCUAUAAAGACUUGGAUGAAAUCAUCACCAAACCAUGCGAUCUGGAGUUCAUUAUAGAAUUACUUAAAGUGGAACAUUCAGAUGAAUAUGAAAGAGAGAUGUGGCAGCUAAGUAUACAGGAGAGAAUCGAUUUGAUUCCAACAUUAAAAGAGAAAGGCAACAGGUUGUACGGAGAAAAGAAAUAUGAUGAAGCAGAGGAGGCAUACAAUGAAGCACUUGCUAUAUGUGAACAACUUAUGAUCAGGGAAAGAAAAGGUGAUGAAGAAUGGAUUAAUAUAAACGAACUAAAAAUUCCAAUAUUAUUGAAUUAUGCACAAUGUAAACUCCUCAAAGGAGAAUAUUAUGCAGUUAUCGAACAUUGUAAUACUGUUUUAGAAUUUGACAAAGAUAAUGAAAAAGCUUUAUACAGACGAGCCAAAGCUCACAUAGGUGCAUGGAACCCUGACCGGGCUGAAGAAGACUUAAGACGGCUUAAAGCUCUGAAUCAGUCCAUGUCAACCACCAUAGAUAAAGAACUGGAGAAUAUUAAAAAAAUGCGCAAAGAAAAAGAAAAUCAAGAUAAAGACGCACUAAAAUCUAUGUUCUUAAAAAAUGGAACAAAUUAAAAAAAAGUAUUAACAGAAAAAAUUAUGGACUCAGGCAAUGAUAUUAGAGAUAACAUCAUUGGUCUCAGGUCUAUUAAUUAUUGAGGAUUGAGCAGCGUACGGCUAAAAUCGUGCAAUACGAGUAUAUAUGCCUUAAUUUACAUAGUGUGGAUCGAACCUGGCAUAGUUGAACGAAAACUCCUUUUUUAAUAUAAUAUAACGGAGACUAGAGAUACAAUAUUGAUUGAGAUUGCUUGCUAUGUUUUUUUCUCACAACGAGAAUGCCACCAAGGCAGAAAAGGACAUUCUAAUAAAAUGUGGCAUGUUUAUUCAACUAUCAUUGUUACAAUAGUUGCAUGGUUUGUUAGCAAAAAGUUUCAACCUAAAAAAACUUUCACUAAUUAGUUGACUUCUUAGAAAGCAGUUAUUCUUGAUUCGGCGCAUAUCAUUAGGUUUCUCACUAUGGAGACUUUACUACUUAACUAAUUUCUUGCAAACAAAAUUCAAAUUCAAAUUCAAAAACACAACCAAAACCACACAAUUCAUUUCUUUAAAUUAAAUUUAUUUGAAAUUUUAAAUAUUUAAUUUUAAAUAUUGUAUAUUUAACAAUAUUUAAUAAAGAUGUAGUUAAUUGUAAUUUAGAUGGCUAGAAAGCUUGCUCUUAAUGAGUAUGUACUUAAUUAGUACCCACCUACCUACUAUUCAUAAUUUAAUACAUGUAAUAACUGUAAAGACUUGUAAUAUGACCCUAAACCCUAACAAUUAAUAUGAUGAAUAAUAUUUAAAAAAAUAAACGCUAAUA